AUGCCUCGUGAUUCCAAAAAAUGGCCCGUUCGUCACCGGUUGCUGGACCAAAUCAGAGCCCUUUCUUCUCGCGUUCUUGGUGGGACAUCGCUUUCUUCCACCACCCCGCUCAACCAUCCCGAGCUCGCCAUCAGCAGUCCGCUCGCUGAUUCUGAUCGAAGCAUCGCAAUGGCUUCAUCUCACAACGGAGGUCGCUUCGCCUCGCGCACCGCCUUCGAGGCGCUCCAGGUCGAAGAAAUCGAAUCCGACGAGGAAGAGAGCGUCGUCGUCGAGCAACCUGCAAAGCCGGCUCAGCCAGCUGCCAAGGCUUCGCCGGUAAAAGACAAUGGCAACGCCAAGGCCGGCAACACCAAAGCUGACAAGUCCGAGUCUCAGACCAAGUCAGCUGCGCAAGACACCUCGAAAAGCGGAUCCACCAACACCAGCGAAAAGGUGGUAGCUCCCGCCGGCUACAACGGAGACGACAGAGCAGAAUCAGCUCAGCCACUCGCCGACUCUCUCGCGGAUAAGAUCGGCGCUCAGAGCAAGAUCAUCCCCACACCCUCUGCUCCGUUUGCCACCUCGGCUCCGAAGCAAAGCGCUCCCACCAGCCAGGCGACAGCGGCUGCUCCAGCUCAACCUGCCAAGCCCGCAUCGACGGAGGCGGCUCGUCCCGAACCCAUCCUCAAUGCCUCAGCCAAGACAACGAGCAAUGCGCCUGCUCCAGAUAUCAAGUUCCAGGCUGCGCAGCCGCGUGCUCAGCUCGAGGUUCCCAAGCCGCACCAGACUGGAAAGCAGCUGAAACAGCAGCCGCAGUCGCAGCCACCCCAACAAAGCCAGGAGGAUGCUGCUGCAGCCGCAAAGGCAAAGUGGCAAAAGAUCUGGGAGAGGACGUUGUACACACUCAUCAUGAUUGGAGGCUUCCUCGGUUUGCUGCUCCUCGGGCAUCCGUACAUGAUUCUGCUAGUGAUGGUGUGUCAGACGCUCGUAUACCGCGAGGUUGUGGCCCUCUUCAACAUCCCCAAUCGACCAUCGGUGACCGGCAGUGGUGGAGGAGGACGAUCCAGCCGCAUGUCAUCCGCCCCAACGAGCGCCGCCACCAGCGAGGUGGAUGACGACGAGGAAGAGGAGCGCGUCCAGAGGCGGCUCGAAGGACGUCGCGACCAGCUCUGGAGCAAGACGCUCAGUUGGUACUUUUUCGCUACUGCCAACUACUUUUUGUACGGCGAGUCGAUCAUCUACUACUUCAAGCACAUCGUCUUUGUAGAUGCGUGGUUCAUUCCGUUCGCACGACACCAUCGCUUCCUGUCGUUCAUGUUGUACGUGUUCGGCUUCAUGGCGUUUGUCUCGAACCUCAAGCGUCGCAACCUCAAGCAUCAGUUCGGACUGUUCUGCUGGGUGCACAUGUCGCUGCUGCUCAUCGUGUUUUCGAGCCACUUUAUCGUCAACAACAUCCUCGAGGGCCUCAUCUGGCUGUUGGUGCCCGCCUCGCUGGUGGUGUGCAACGACGUGUUUGCGUACAUCUGCGGCAUGACGUUCGGUCGAACGCCGCUGAUCGAUCUCAGCCCCAAGAAGACGGUGGAAGGAUUUGUGGGAGCGAUCAUCGUGACCGAGGUGUUCGCGUACGGUUGGGCGACCUUCUUCCAGCGAUACAACUACAUGAUCUGCCCUGCAGUCAGCUUGGGCAUGAAUGCGUUCAAGGACGUGAGCUGCGAGGUCAACCCGGUGUUCCACUGGCACUACCUCUCGUUGCCGCCCGCGAUCGCGUCGCUGGCCUCCUCGAUCGCAGGACACCGUGUCUCUGCGCUUCCCUGGACAGCGUUCCAGCUGCACUCUCUCGUGUUGGCUUCUUUUGCCAGCUUGGUGGCUCCGUUCGGCGGAUUCUUCGCUAGCGGCUUCAAACGCGCCUUCAACAUCAAGGACUUUGGCGACAGCAUCCCGGGACACGGUGGUCUCACCGACCGCUUCGACUGCCAAUUCUUGAUGGGGAUGUUCACCUACGUCUACUACUCGUCGUUGAUCCGAGAGCACCACGUCACUGUGGGCACAGUGCUGCAGACGGUCGUCACGCAACUCACGUUGGAGGAUCAGAUGGAGCUGUACAACGAGCUGAGCCGCUACCUAGUUGGACAAGGCAAGCUCGCCAAGGCUUGA